CAAGGUUUUUGGGGGGCCAAGGUGUGAUGUUGCUGGGCAGAAGUGUCUCACUUUAUCAAGUUUACCUGCAAAUAGUGCAAUUGAUGCAUCUGAGAGGUGACAGUUCUGCUCUGGAGUGACCUUUCAGUAGGCCUUUGAAAGUUGUGAUUGGUAAUUUGUUGAUGGGUUGCUGUAUAUGACCCAGUGAAAUUUUGUGCAAUACCAUCAGUUCAACUCAUCAUCUUUCAUGGCAAAGGUGCAACCUUACCUGUUUGGGAAACCAGAAGAUCUGAUUUUAUUCAGGAUCCUUAAAACCCGUUAAUAUACAUGUGUGCAUAUGUGCGUGCAUAUGUGCUUGUGUACGCACGUAUAGAGCGAUGAACUUUCGUGGAACCACUGGAGCACAUCUGGCCACAGGUCUGACGCGGCACCCCUUGCACGCAAAUAAUCAGGAAAGUUGUGGGUGAAAUUUGAACGACAUGAGUUUCAAAUGUCAAAUUCUAGUGGGCAGGAUUAUAGCUAAGGAUCAGUACUAUGGCAGGAAUAACCGGUAACGGGAAGCUACGUCAGUGGCUGAUCGAACAGGUGGACACAGGAAAAUACCCUGGGCUCAUGUGGGAGGACAGUGAAAAGACAACAUUCCGUAUUCCUUGGAAACAUGCGGGCAAGCAGGAUUACAACCGGGAUGAAGAUGCUGCGCUCUUUAAGGCCUGGGCGCUGUUUAAGGGCAAAUAUCGGGAAGGUAUCGACAAACCCGACCCGCCAACUUGGAAAACGCGCCUUCGAUGCGCACUCAACAAAAGCAAUGACUUUGAGGAGCUUGGAGAACGAAGUCAGUUGGACACGUCGGACCCCUACAAAGUUUACAGGGUGAUUCCAGAGGGCACUAAAAGAGGAUCUAAAUCCUAUGAAGGCACUUCUACACUCACAAGCUCUCACAACUUCUCAUUGUACCAGGCAUACACGCCUCUGCAGAGCCAAGUGUGUAACUUUGUGUCUCCGGCUGAGAGAGGCUGGAGAGACAUCAUGACAGAACAAAGUCCAUUUUUAGACAUCCACUCACCCUACAGUCAAAGCGCAUAUACUGCACACUGGGAUCCUGGUUACCAGAUCAGUGGCUCCUUCUACAACUGCAGUGCUUACGAUCCUCCAGCUUCCUUGUUUAACUUAGACCAGUGCAUUCGAUCGGCAGAGGCUCUGGCUCUUUCAGAUCCCAGGCUGCAGGUCUCUGUGUUCAAUGGUGACACUCUGGUCAGGGAAGUGACUGUGCUAGGUGUGGGAGGCUGCAGACUGGCUCCCUACGAGGAGAUCCAGGGCUACGGAAUCCCUGAGGGGCCAGAGUUGGUGCCGCUGCCCCAGGGCGAGGGAGGCGAGCUAGAGCACGGGGUCUUGAUUUGGAUGGCUCCUGAUGGCCUUUGUGCCCGUCGGCUCUGUGAUGCCAGGGUCUACUGGGAGGGAACGCAUGUGCCAUACACUGACAAGCCUGGCAAACUGGAGAGAGAUCAGAUCAGCAAGCUUCUCGACACACAACUGUUCCUCACAGAGUUGCAGUGCUGUUAUCUGCAGACACGCCCCCCACCUCGUUUCCAGGUGGUGCUGUUUUUCGAGGAGAGUCAAGGCACACACACCCAGAGGAGAAGUAUCACUGUGCAGGUGGAGCCAUUGUUUGCUCGCCAGCUGCUUCUCCUCAGCCAGCAGACCAACACAAACCCUGUGAGGGCUCAUGAGCCACCGCUCUGGGAUCAACCCACUCUGCCUCAGCAUGACCUCCCUGCAACCAGCUCCCAUCAGCCCCAUGGCUACGGGGCACAGGACUGGCUUCACCCCACACAGGCUGCAGAUCAGCAGGAAUGCAAGCGGGAUGGUGACCCAGCAGGAUACAGGACAAGGCCUGCGUAACAGAAUCCGCAUGCAUGAUCACAAAUUGUUACACUUCCAAAAAAUAUGAGCGGUGAGUGUGAGCGAAGAAAAUGAUUGACGAUUAGACUUCAAGUGCUUGUUUACUGAUUUCUGCAUGUUUUAGUUUGAGCUUCAUCAUUUUUGUAGUUCAUGAAGGUUUGACAUUCUGCAGCCUCUCAGGGAAUAUGCAUGCUUUGCCUUUGUUUUUUUCAUUAUAAAAUACACUGAAUGUAUGCUUGCAUUUGUUUAUUAUAGACCAGGCUGAUUGGUCUCACUGCACUGAUUUAAUCAACAGCAUGAGAAAUCUGAAUAAAUAUAGGUGUUGUUGCUUAGUUUAUUAAUUA